AUGUCAAUUGCCGAGAUUCUCCCGCUUGAAAUCAUCGACAAAACCGUGGGUCAACCCGUAUGGGUCAUGCUAACAUCGCACCGCGAGUUUGCAGGCACUUUGGUGGGCUACGACGACUUUGUUAACGUAGUUUUAGAAGAUGUGAUCGAAUACAACCACGAUCAAGAGAUAAAAAGACAUGCAGGAAAAAUGCUGCUAAGUGGGAAUACGAUAUCGAUGCUGGUACCGGGCGGGAAACGUUUGUAA